AUUCUCACUGCUCUGCCCUGUUACCAGCAGCUCUAGCGCUUUCAGCUCCAUUCUCAUUUCACGCUUUAUCCUCAUAUCGGUGAGAAGGAUCACUUACAAGGAACUGCAGCAAUGGAUGCCGUGCAAAUCGCAAACACCGCUUUUGCCGUUGAUAUAUACAAAAAGCUUGCCGAAAAGGACAAAACUUCUAAUAUUAUUUUUGCUCCGCUUUGUACUUCAACCUCUCUGGCUCUUGCCUAUAGAGCUGCCAAGGGCGAAACGGCAACCCAAAUGAAACAGGGGCUUCAUUUAGAAGAUGUCAAAGAUGUGCCUUUUGGGUUCCAAACAAUCACAGCUGAUGCUUCCAAACUUAGUUCUUUUUAUUCAUUAAAAAUGGUCAAGAGGCUCUAUGUAGAAAAGUCAAUUAAUCCUACUACGGAGUUUCUGAGUUCCAUCAAACGACCCUUCCCAUCAGAAUUUGAAUUAGCAGAUUUUAAAGACAAAACAGAAGACACCAGGCUGCAAAUCAACAAAUCUGUUUCUGAUCUGACUGAUGGUAAAAUGGAGAACAUUUUGAUUGAGGGGAGUGUGAAUGAUCAGACGAAGAUCCUCCUGAUAAAUGCAGCCUUUUUUGUAACAAACUGGAUGAAGAAAUUUCCUGAGAACCAAACUAAAGAGUGUCCUUUUAGAAUAAACAAGACUGAAACCAAACCCGUGCAAAUGAUGAACCUGGAAGCCACAUUUUGCCUGGGCUACAUAAAUGAUCUGAAGACCAAGAUUCUUGAACUCCCGUGUCAUAACAAACACAUGAGUAUGUUCAUCUUUUUGCCAAAAGAUAUUGAGGAUGAUACUACUGGAUUGGAACAGCUUGAGAAGCAGCUCACACCCGAGAAGAUGCUACAGUGGACCAAUCCAAGUUCGAUGGCAAACACCAAAGUGAACGUGUUUCUUCCCAAAUUCAAAAUGGAAACAGAAUAUGACUUCAAGCCUAUUUUAGAAAGUCUUGGCAUGACCCACAUGUUUGAUGAAAGCUCAUCAGAUUUCUCUGAAAUGUCAGAGAACAAAGGGGUUGUGUUGUCCCGGAUCAUUCACAAAGUCUCCCUGGAAGUAGUUGAAGAUGGGACAGAAUCCCGAGAUGUACCAGGAUAUCGGAUCCUACAACACAAAGAUGAAUUUAAUGCUAACCAUCCAUUUCUUUUCGCCUUCAAGCACAACAAAUCCCGCAGCAUUGUUUUUGCUGGCAGAUUCUGUUCUCCAUAGAAAUAUUUUGCUAAGAUAAUGCACAUUUUACCAUUUUUCUGUAAACGUCAAAAUCCUAGAAUGAAUGCCAAAAGAUAAUCUAAACAAUUUCAUAUGUCAAGCAUGGUAUACAUUGUACUCUUCAUAAGAAGUACUUCUUCAAGUAGAGCUGAAUAUAGUUAAAACUAUCCAUAGCUUUGUUCUGUGUCUUCAAAAUAGUGCAGUUCAUUUCUUAUUCAUCCAAGGUGACUAUGAACAUUUUGGGGUUGUUUUUUUUUUACAUAUGGCAUGACUCCAACUUUCAUCUCAGACAGUAAAACCCUAGCGAAUUAUAGCAAAUUAAGAAAGUAAUUUUGGAGGCUAUAAGGUUUAGAAACCCCUAACCAGAAGUCCACUGUCAUGCUAGCUGGAAGAGUAUUAGGGAAUUUAUUAUUCCGAGUUCUGGAGCUAAAAUGCCAGUAUUUUAAUGGAAUACAUUCAGGUCUCUUUAUCCAUAUGUUCUGCAUUAUAAAUCUAAUCAAUCACAACUCAAAUAUAUUUUUAAAAAAUCCAAAAUAUAAACCUUGGUUUUGCCACAUGCUAAGCACUAUACUGAUAUGUAGGCAUACCUUGCUCUAGCCUUCCAGCAUUUGUUUGAAGUUUUCAUCAUUUUUAUAAGAAACACCAUUUUAUUAUGCCAUUUCAUAUUUCAUAUAAUGGGAAUUGAGUAUUCGUGGAUUGCAGGAGAGUUAUAGAAUUUAUAGUCCCAAGCUCUGGAGAUAAAUGACUAAUGGUGAUCUUCUUUGUUAGAUAUUGGCAGAAAAAUAUUUCUAAAAUAGCAAGCUUAUAAUUCAUAUGGGAUGGACUCAUAUUAAGGUGAAAUAUGAUACCAUUACACAACACUUUCAAUUUUUUAUGUUUUGUAUAAUGCUUUCCUUUGGCUUAUAUUUGAUAAAUGUGACUAUCUUGAGGCAAUCCAAAUAAAGCACCACAAAAACUCAAUAA